CGGUUCAAGAGCAUACAUAAAACGUCUAGCCUGGCCCACAACUAAGCUUACAAAACCGUGUGCCUGUCUGCCUGCAUGCAUAGUUAUUUCUGUACAGUACAGUUAACCAAGCUGAACAGUCGCGUCAAGUGUAUACAUAGUCACGUUUAAACCCUUCUGUGAUUAAAAGUUUUGAAACAUCCAAUCAUCCAAAGUUUUUACUUCAAUCCUCUAAAUAACUAUAACUGGAAAAAUGUAUUCUCAGAAUAUUCAAGAAGAAGCCAAACUGGAUGCCAUGCAACGUCAUUGGCAGCUACUCCGUCGUGGAGCAUCAUCAUCCACGGCAUUUUUUGAGGAAGUCAAUGAGACUGAAGACUUAUUAUCUCUACCGAUGCAAAAUUCUCAUAUUGAUGCUCAGAGGAGUGCAUGUGUGCAACAUUUCAAAAAUUUAAGCUGUGAUCUGGAUAGCGAUUCGGAAUUUUUAGACUUACAAGACCGCUAUGUAAAAGAUGUUAAAACAUUUAAAGAACCCGAAGUCCCAGUAAAAGUACCACUCACACUGGAUGCCUCCUUAUUGGGAGAUAUUCCAGGACUAUACACUAUUUGUGACCUGGAACCCCAUCAGCUACCUGUUGUUGGGGUUUACAUUGACAAAAGAAUUGUUCCAGGCUUCAAAUAUCGCGUGAGGCCAUUGCCAGAAGUAGGCUUUUCUUCCACCAUUAACAAGUGCUUAUUUGAUGGCAGUGCCUUAACUCUGAAAUCAAUUGGCAGAGGCUACGCAAGAAGAUUCACUUUUGAAGCACAAAAGAACAAACUUAAUGAUAAUGACCACUAUUUCUGGAGUGACAACAGACCUGAAGGAUAUGCUUUGGAACCAGAAUUUCUAUCCGAAGGAGACAAAUUUACGUUCUUUAACUCCAAUGGCGAAUCUGAAGGGACUGUAGAAGUACUAAAAUUAGAGGGACCACAAACUGAAAUUUUUAGCUCUAUAUCAAAUGGUGUCAUUGAGAAAAAAGCCAAUGUCAAGUUUACAGGUAAAGUUGAGUUUUACGAAACUGGCGUGGCUAAACCAAUGCACCUCACUGGCAUGGUAGUGUCACGUUUGCUCAAAGGUAAAAAUGCUGCUGCAAUUGUUAAGGUCAGUAAUGUCAACAUCAAGAGGCACAGAUGUUAUCUGUUGCCUGGUAUGCAAAAGGUACACAGAAGAAUGACUGUCAGAGGAAAUCAAAUAAAUGACGUGCCUACCAAAUAUACAAUGACAGGUGUGGAAUCUUAUGAACUUCCAGUUGUAGGUACUUACGUAGAUCCAAGAAUUAUCCCGGGAUUCUGCUACAAAGUUAGACCGAAUGACAGAAAAGAGCGCCUUUUCGGAGGUAGAGCUCUCAAAUUGAACAGUAUUGGAAUGGGAUAUGCUAAAAGACUGACAUUCCAACCAGACUCUCUGGUUGAACCAGACAAUUAUUUGUGGUCUGAUAGCCAUCCAGAUGGUUUAGGUUUAGAACCUAGAGCAGUACAAAAUGGAAUGAAAUUUAUCGUAAAGGCUGGUGAUAUGGUACUUGGUGAAGCUCAAGUAUUUAGGGAUGAUUUGCCACAAGUUGAGGAACAAAUGGAAAAGAUUAAGACACCUGCCGGUGUAGCAAUACAAAAAUAUAUCCACAUCGAUGUAUUCUGCCAUAUUCGUCUGGCGAGAAUAGGAGGGGCCUCUACCGAAAACGAAGAACACUUGAUGCGUAUUACUGGGCUUGCAGUAGUUAGAAAAGAACCCAAAGCGACAGAAGCAAAAGUCAUAAGAGUUGAACACGUUGGUCUCGACUCUCAACUUCUGCCUAUGUUUGCUCAGGCGCACACAGAAUUGACAUUUGUUCCGAAAGACAUUUAAACAUCGAUGAAACGAUCUUUUAACACUUAAUAAAAAGUAUUUGAUACUUAGGCAAAAGACUUGUUUAACUUUUAGAUUUUUAGCUUGUAACAAUAAUUUAUAAUGUUAAACAAUUCGUUUUACACACUUUGUGAAGAAUUGGAUUUAGGUACGUAUUUUUUUGUUAUUUUAUAAUAAUAAAACCCAUUUUGUAA